GCAUUUUUUUCUCCACACUGUAUACAGUCAUUUAUUAUAACUUAAAGAUGACUAUGUUUGACUCUCCAUCGCCACACCGCUAGGUGGCGAUGGAGCGCGAACAGGACAUCAACCAUGGCAAAAGGAAAGUAAAAUGGCGGAAGCAAGGAUCGGUUGAAGGAAGUUAUGUAUUUUAUAUUUAGUGUAUUAUUUCACACGCUUGUUAUCCAUCGGAGCAGAAGUACAGCGCCAUUCCCCCUAAACAACAACAAGGGGACGCUUCUUCGUGUAGGCUGUUUCAAUGCUAGCAUGCUAUAUUGGCCCGGUAGCUAAUGUAGCCUGUGUUUACCAUCACAACACACAAUACAGUGAUGUGACCCCAGUUCUUCGUUAUUUUGAAGCGGAAACCCCGGAAGCAAGUACAGAAAAUGUCUGCCUCUCUGUGUGAGACCAUGAGUGAGCCUUUGAGUGAGGCGACACAUUGGGGGAACGGCCCUAAUGAUGAUCGAAUCAAGAAUGCAGUGGUGGUGUUGACCAGACUCCCAGAUUAUAAGAUCAGCGCUCUACGGCCCCCGACUCCUCCGCAGUUCUACAGUGAAGACGAGUCCCUCAGCAGCUCGGACUCGGACAUGCAGGUGGAGCCCGAAGAUGAUAGUGACUCAGAUUAUUCCGUGUCAAACCACAAACUGAGCACGGUAAGGAGGGAAGCACCGAGAGCACAAGCAGCGUCAACAAGCGGCAACAACACCGGGCCCGAAAUGAUGCCCGCCCCAAGCUUUGACCCUGAAUCAAAAGUCUGUCCUAACUUGCCAGAGGAAGAGGUCAACGUGGGCAUGGUGGUGCUGGCCAGGAGGAGAGCCAUGACAUGGCAGCGGGGGAAAAUACUGGAAAUCGUGACAAAGGAAGAUGGACGGUUAAAGUACAAAGUUGGUUUUGAAGAAAAGGGGAAGAGCCUCGUCUCUGGACACCACAUCGCCUCCGACCGAACACCGACGCUGGAGCAGCUGUAUAUCGGCGCUCCUGUGGUGGUCCAGGUUCAAACCCUCAAUCCCCUGUUCCAGCCUGGUAUCUUAGCAGAGCUCCCAAGUAGAAAGAACCACUUAAGGUUCUUGGUCUUUUUGGAUGAUCACACACCGGCCUAUGUUAGUUUGCCUCUCAUUCACCUGGUGUGCCGACCAUUGGAGGACGUUCUGGAGAGCCUUCCUGACGACAAUCACAGGUGUUUCAUGAAGCGGUACCUGAGGGACUGGCCCUUCCCACAUUCAACCCAGUACAAAGUGGGACAGACCGUGCACGUCGAGCUGAAUGGAGUCCAAACCAGUUGUGAGGUGCAAGAGGUCGACUGCAGCUUGAUACUGGUGAAAUUUGAGACGAGUCACCUCGAACAGUGGAUCUACCGCGGCUCUGUGAGACUGCAGCAACACAGGGGAAGGAUAUUGGAUUCAAGAGAAUGAAGGGAAGUGAUUUCUGAAAAAAGGCCGCCAGAAACAGGAAAAUAAAUAUGAUUCAUCAUGAGAAAUUUUACAUAGGAGGUUAUGAUUUCACCCCUGUCAUUUUUUUUGUUUGGUAAAUUGUUUCCAGCUAAAUUUGACAAAAGAAUUCAAGGAAAUCACAUUAAUUUAGGUGGAAUGAUGGGAAGUGAGUCAAGAAAGAUCCCAUUCAAGUGGAUUUGCACUUUUUAAUAUUGCAUUUAAUUUAACUUAGCAGUAUUGUUUGUUUUACAAAAUUCUACAUUGUUUAUUGGCUCAAUUGUCAGCCCCAUUUAAAGAACUGUAUUAAACAUCCCAUUUUUUCAAUCCUUA